GGCGUGUUUGGGGGCGUGGCCAACACCGAGGUUAUAAAAGGGAGGCGGACAGCGCUCCUCCCCUCAGUUAAGAUGGCGGCGCUGAGGGCGGCGGGGGCGGCGCUGCUGCGGCCCCGGGCCGGGCCGGCCCCGGCUGUGCUGGGCUACCACAAGAAGGUGGUGGAUCACUACGAGAACCCGCGCAAUGUCGGCUCCCUCGACCGCAAUUCCAAGAACGUGGGCACCGGCCUGGUGGGCGCCCCGGCCUGCGGCGACGUCAUGAAGCUGCAGGUGGAAGUGGAUGAGAACGGCAAGAUCGUGGACGCUCGCUUCAAAACGUUCGGCUGCGGCUCAGCCAUUGCCUCCAGCUCGCUGGCCACGGAGUGGGUCAAAGGGAAAACGGUUGAUGAAGCGCUGAAAAUCAAGAACACAGAUAUUGCCAAGGAACUCUGCCUUCCCCCUGUCAAACUGCACUGCUCCAUGCUGGCUGAAGAUGCCAUCAAGGCCGCCUUGGCUGAUUACAAACUGAAGCAGGAUCCAAACAGAGAAUCCAACAAAGAAUCCGACAAAACAGCCGACAAUGCCUGAACUGCCUGCGCAGCUUCCCCUCCUCACUCCCUGCUCACUCUGCAGCGCAAUUCCCGAGCUGUUGUAGGACCCUGUGCACUACUCGAGCUGUAAGAUACGCACAAGUUACGCACAACGUGUCGCUGUGGUGUCCAGGCACCCCCUAGUGCUCCCCUGGCUGGGGGCUGCUGUCCCCUCGGGAAUGCCGCGGGACGACUCCGCUCCGGAGACCAAACCCCGCUGUCCGGUACUGGAAGGGCUGCACUUUUCGUUUUUAUUUUGGGAAGAUGUCUAGUUUUGCCUAAUAUCUUAUGGAAUUUGGUGGGAAGCGUU